AUGAUGAAGCCACGUCAAACUCAAAAAAAGAACAAAAAACUGACUCCAGAGGCACCAGUUACGACCCCACCCAGUGGUCCCAAAUCUCUCGAUCUUCUGUUUAUUCAUGACUGCACGGCAAGUCAAACUCCUUACAUCUCAGGGACCGUCAGUCGUUGUUUGGAGAUUGUUAGUGUCAUCCAAGGACUCGGGAACCUCGAUACGCGUAAAGAGGGGAUGCGCGUUGGCCUGAUUGCGUUUUGUGAUCAUGGUGAAGAUGAAGACUUCGUUACCAAGGACUUUGGUGGAUUUACAUUCGACGUCGAACAAUUCUACCAUAAUCUUAGGUCCCUGGAGGCUAAUGGAGGCUCGGAUUAUCCUGAAGCCGUUACUGCUGCAUUGGAGCAUAGUCUUAGGCUUGAAUGGAGGACUGAUGCCGCAAAGCUGGUAAUCUUAAUUACGGACGCCGCCCCACAUGGGAUUGGCGAAGAAGAUGAUGAAUUCCCGCAGGGAGAUCCAAACGGUCAUGAUCCUCUGAAGAUCGCAAAGAAGAUGGCAGAAAAGGGGAUAACGAUGCUGAUUGUAGCUUGCGAGCCUGUGCUGAGUAACGAGAACGAUUACGCCCAUGAUUUUUACUUAGCCCUGGCAAAAAUCACCAGGGGAAAACUUGUUCCCCUGCUUGACGUUCGCGUUCUUUCCGCUUUCAUCAUUGGGUACGCUCUUGAGCAAAUGGGGCUUGAGGAGCUUUCUCGACAAUAUUCAGAACCUAUUAAAGGUUUACACAAAAGUGGGUUUACCUUGAAAGAAAUGGUUAACGCUGUCUGGGAGUGGUUAUCGGGAAAAGAAAAAAAGGUUUACACACUCAAGUAUAACCAGGUGUAUGAGGAGCCACCAGAGUUUGAUGAGGUCGUGAACACGUGGGCUGAUGGAAAGGAUAUUUUGUCUGUGCGAGAACAGUCUACACCACGCGCGAGUAAGCAACGGGUUCCUGCUCGUUGUAUUGCGCCGCCAGGUGGUUGGCCAAAAACCACAGUCGAUGUUACGCUCAAGAACCUGAAUGAAAGAGAUAGAAUCGAUUUCGUGUAUCUCGAUCCUGAUCCCGACCUGGAUUCUAUCAGGACUCAGGGCCCCGCUCCUGCCCAAACAGGGUCUCUGGGACCAGCUCAAAUCUCGCGACCUAGAAAGCUUCUUGCCCAUACCGACUACUACUUCAGUCUGAAGUGCGGUUCGCAGGCAAGAUAUCACAUCAAGCAAAAUUUCUCAAGCAACCAAGAUAUGGAUGUAUCGAUUCACUUCAAAUAA